UCCUAUUUGAGCCAAGCAUCUGUCAAUGACGGAGAGAGAGAGACACUUGGAAGCCUCUGCCUGUUCUGUUGGAAGCUGCCGUGCUGCUCCGGGACCCAUGGAACCUUCUUUCAUUGCAGAAUUUUAUGGUUGCAGAACUUGUCCGAGUUUGUAAAGAUGGAGCAAAGAUUGGAUCUGGCCAAGAAAGAGCAGCAUUUGAAGAUACUCAGUCCCACUAUGCAGCGAAACAGUAAGGACUAGUCUUUUGCUUGCUAAGCAGAUUGUCUGUUAAGUCGAGGGCGAUGGGCUGCUCUCCUUCUCACAGUGGGAUCAUUCAGAGCAUCGCAAAAAACACAGCCAAACCGUUAAAGAAAAAUAAAAAGGCUCUUCCUUCCGCCCACGAAAACGAUGGACUUACUAUCCCUUUGUCGGGGGCACAAAGAACUGUGUGUGAGUUGAGUUCUGGGAUAAUGACUGAGGAAAAUGGCCAAGAGGAGAACCAUUUUAUCUUGGCCCAAAAAGGAGCUGAGAGCCAUUUAUCUGCCCCCGAGGGCGAGAGGAAGGAUAGAAUGCAUGACAUUGCCGACGAGGCCAUGGUCCAUUUAAGUAAACAAAAGGGUCUCCCUGAAAGAGGAGGCAUAAGAAAGCAGAGCUCAACAGGAUCAGAACCAGAACUGGGAAAUGGGGAAAACAACCCAAGAAGGAGUAAGAGGUCCAAGAGACAAAGGUCUCUAAAGUGUCGGAGCUCAAAAACAAGGGAUAAAGAGAUUGUUUUCCCCGAGGCAGAAAAGAAAGUGGAUUUUCCAGAGCUGCUUGUCAAAGCCCACCAACAUGCCUACGGCUAUCUGAAUCCCAAUCUGUCCAAGUAUGAAGCCAUCAUCUGCAUGGCAAACCAAGCCACGGAAACCCAACUAAUCAUGCAGCAGAUGAUCACCUUCAUGGCUCUAAGAUUUGACGAGAUCAACACGUGCAUGGAAGAACUUGCAGAGGAUGGGGAGAAACUGGUAAAAGAGGUAGGGGGCAACCUAGUCUGGCCUAAUGCAAAAGGAGAUGCCUCAGAACAUCCUGACUUGUUGCAGCAGUUGCUGCUCUAUACGGUUAACAAAAUGCAGGAGUUAAACAGCACCGUCUCAUCUAUGACCACAAAUGCCUUGAAGGAAACUUGUAGUUACUUGCAGUCAGCCGCCACCAACCUGCAGGGAAAACUGAAAGUGAAACAGCAGUACGAUGAGCGCCUGGUGAGGACCAUCAGAUUGUUGGAAAGUUCAGCAGUUGAGGGCCCUCAGCCGAAUUCCCAUGACAUGGCUCUUUAUUCUGAAGACAGUGGCAUUGGAGGCGAUACUGAGUCCAUUAAAGAACGCAGAUCUCCUGACAAAGUGGGCAGGCCGGCACGGUGUGAUUCAGUAGGGCAAGAAAGUUUGACAAAGGGUGAAGAAGAGAUCAUUGGCAAAGGUGAAGAAUCUUCUAAAGAUGUAAAGUCUGAAGCAAGCAUGAACAAAAAAGAAAAUAUACGUUCCUCACCUUCUGCCAAAGCGAACCGGCCAAGAAUUUGUCAUCAAUCCAGUCUUGCAGACAGCCUCUCCUUGAAUUCAUUGGAUUACAGUACCACCCUCGAGCAAGACAGCAUCAAUGACCAAGAUUCAGACGAGUCCGGGGACAGUGAUGACAGUGAUGGUUUAGACAACAAGAGCAUAUCGAGUCAUGCAAAAUUACCUAAGAGGCCCUUCUCAUCUCCUGCAGGAACUGGGGCCUACAAAAACCCCUCCAAAUGGCUGGAGAAUCCUCCUAAUGAAGAGAUUUCACUGAAAAUGAAAGAGGCUAUCAGCGAGAAAAUCAAGUUUGUCCCCAAGAAAUCGAGAAGUCAUGUGUGGAACAGAGAAGAUGAUGCCCCAUCCACCUCAAAGAGGCCUAGUACUGCUGACGGAAGCAACCGGAGAACUUCUAAGCAAAAAAGAUCUAGAUCUGCUGAAUCACUCCGAAGCCAAGCAGAGGAUCCAACUCUUCUAGAACUUCAGAGAACACAAAAAGAGCUGAGCAGAAAGCUAGAACUCAUGCAUACAAAUGAUGGUUCCAAGAAAGGAAGACAGCAGAACGUGAACGGAAAAUCACUCCUUCAUAAGCAGGAAAAUGUAUCCACAGCAAACACUGGUUCCAGCAGCAAACUCAAGGCUUGUCUCGACAAAAGCUUCAAAGUUUUGCCUAGUCAGGAAAGGGUCUCCUUUACAAGAUGCAAUAAGAACACAAAUAGCUCAACGCCAGCAUCUGUAUUACAACCACAUUCAGUAACCAAUGAAAAUGUCCCACCGGUCGGACAAAAACCAGAAGGUAAAAGUAUUUCCCCUCGACAGUCCGUUCGGAAACUUAUUGAAACAUUUAGUCCGGCGGAUGAAUCCAUAAAACAAACAAGAUCUUUGGGUCCACUGAGAUGUGUUAGAAAGUUUGGUGUUCCCGUUCUCCCUCCUACUAUUCCGGCAUUUCAGGCACUACAGCCAUUAGGCCAAAGUCUACCAGUAGGGGAUGGGACUUCAAUGACACCAAGCAUGUACAUAAAUACAUCUUAUUCUGUGUCUGCAUGUGAAGACAGACCCAACGUAAAUGAAGAAGAGGCUGAAGAUUUAGAGAACUUUCCACCUCCUCCUCUUGAGAUACUUAUGGAUGAUUCUUUCAAUGUUCUCCAAACUGAAGAACAUAAAGCCACAGAACUCAAGGCUCCACAGAACAUACUUCCAAGUGCCAAACCAGCAUCCUGCCCAGAAAAGAAAGCUUCCACCUGUCAAAAGAUGAAAACCUCAAUAAACGUGAAGGACCUAUUACCGAGUAAAAAUUCCACCAUGUCCUAUAUGUCUGUUAGGACUCAGGAAGCAACUAGGAAAUUCUCUUUAGACUCUAGAUCUGGCAGGGAGAUCAAGAGAGACUUUGAAACCCUGAAAAGGCAUGAAAUAGAGCAGGUGGCUCAUCUGUACAAACAGUCAUGCAAAAUAAUCCCGCUGCAGAACCCUGGCGAGGGGGUGAAGUCAGGCGAUGAUGAAGAGGUGACGCGGGUAUGUGCUGAUGGUCCCCCAACACUUAAACAGAAAGAAUUUUCUCCUGCUUCACAGAGAAGGAAUGAAAGGGUUCCAGCAGGAAUCAGAAGAGUUUCACCCACUAGAGCCACGGUUCCUUCUCCACCAACUGAAAAGAGAUUAACCAAUCCACCAGGAAACAGGACUUUGUUUAAACCUCAGUCCCAAACAAGCUCUCCAUCUGUGCCUAAAACUGCAAGCCCUACCAGCACUCCGAGAAUACCAAGCACUCCGAGAAUACCAAGCCCUCCAGUGCAAAGGAAGCUGCCUAGUCCUCCAUCCCAACAGAAGUCACCCAGUCCCAGUGUUCAAAGGAAGCUUCCUAGUCCACCACCCCAUCAAAAGUCACCAAGUCCUGGUGUUCAACGGAAGCUCCCGAGUCCACCACCCCAUCAAAAGUCACCCAGUCCUGUGGUGCAAAGAAGGCUUUCUAAUUCUCCAUCCCACCAAAAGUCAUCAUGUCUACUUAAUCAAAGGAAGCUCCCAAGCCCUCCAUGCCAAAGAAAACUACCAAGCCCACCUCAAGUGCGAAGACAAUCAAGUCCACCUAAUCAGAGUAGCCUUCCGAGUCCACCAAGCAGUUAUCGAGAGCCUAGUCCACCCAUAUACUGUACCCCUUCUCCACCAGUGUCACCAUCAGUUCCAUACAAGGGGGCACGGAGAGGCUCUGAUGAUCCACAACUCUCCUCAAAAUGGCUUGGCAAUGCCCAGUCAAUAUUUUGCCCAUCAUCUAAUUCCUUAUUUGAAUCCAAACCACCCUCCCCACCCACAUUUUCUACUAAAGAAACUGCCCCAAGCAAUGGGACUGCCCCUCAUCUGAGGCACAGCUUUUCUAGUCGCCCCAAUGAUGACCAACACAGACGGAUUGCAAUGAGUGCUGCCAACCCUCAGCCAUUUGUACGGAGAAGUUACUCCGACCGGCGGCCAAGAGUCCAACUUCGUCUCCCAGUGCCAGCCUCUGCAUUUACAGUCAGCGAGCCCUCUCUCCAGCAAAUAGGCUGUGAGGUGCCGAGUCGGAGGGAGAGUGAGCCGUGGGGUGGGCAGAACCAGGCAGAACUCAGAGCCUCGGACCCAGAGCUGCGCAUUGUGGGACAGGGGUUCCAGCCGGAGUGACUGCGGCAGAAAUGGCGAAAUCCAUCGAAGGAACGGAAGAGCUGGACUGUUGCUUUGUACUCACGGUCCGACCAAGGGCUCAGAACCUGAAGAUGCACUACUGACUUGUACUAAGCACCUUAUACUCUUUACUUCCUGUCCCACACAGCUUGCAAUCUAAUUACUGGUGCCUAAAGCAGAGGGUGAUGGAACUUGUCACUGCCAGUGUCACAGAUAACCCAACAUACAAAGUGAACAGGGUUCCCUGGGACAGAAUGAGGGCCCAUAGAACAGAGGGGACCCAUUUAGCUGUCACCAUUGGGUGACAAUGGCCCUAGAGAGAUGAUUGUAAUAUCCCAUAGGAUGGUCCGGUACCCAGCUAAGGGCAAGUGGACCUUCCAGUGGCACAGCUGCUGCCCCGUGGUUCCCCUAUAUGUUAAAGUUUAGUAUGUUAUAGAAUGGCCUAUUCUUAGCAACUUUUCAAUU